AUGGCUUCAAAGACCUUGUCAAACACGUCUUCGGACACACCAGCUGCCACAACAAGCAAUGCCUAUAAGCAUUUCUACUCUCCUGAAAACGCAGCCUUCUAUAAUGGCAACCAUUACAAGCAGCUAGACCCAGCAAAGAAGGAGAUUCGGCUCUUGCAAAUCGAUAGAACUCGUCAACCGACAAGCAGUCUUUCUUUCAAGUUGCAUCAACCAAUCUCCCUUGACGACUCUUCUAACCACCUGUUCAUUGCCAUCUCUUAUCGCGCAGGCGAUCCCUCCCAGACAGUACCGAUAUUCAUCGACGGAGUGCAGUUCAAUGCGUUCAAGCCUCUCACCGAAGCGCUAUCUCGUGCUAGUCAACGGCUAGACGCAGACGACGAGGCAGAAGAUUUUGCAUCUCGUGUAUGCCUCUGGGCCGACCAAGUGUGCAUCAACCAGAGCGACAAUGCCGAGAAGGCUCACCAAGUCCAGCUUAUGAAGGAGAUAUAUCAGUCGGCAGUUUCCACCCUGGCCUGGCUCGGAACAUCACCGUUAACCAGCGCGGGCAUUGAGGAGUUUAGCGCUCUAAGCUUCCUUCACCAAAGACUUGAGCAGGCCGCUGGGCAAGGAUGGGACAACGUCAAUAAAGGAGCAGCAUACCUGGAGACUGCCGAAUUUGUUGCGAAAAGCGUGCUGCCUCGACUGGAUGCCGAGGGCACAUCGUGGACUGCGCUACAAGCACUGAUGGAAGAUCAGUACUGGUCGCGCGGCUGGAUAUGCCAGGAGGUUCUUCUGAGUACAGGGGUGAGUUUUCAUACCAACAAGCAAGAAUUAGGUCAAGAUGAUUUCAGAAACGCCUUGCGUCUUGUGAAAAUGUUUCAGAUACUAUUACGCAAGUAUUUCAACAUGGAUGGAGAGGACCUUGGGCUUAAAGAAGACCCUGCUCUUGACACAGACGAUCUCAGCCCUUUAUUGCCAUUUGUCAAUAAGUUGGCUUGGCUACAUAAGCUUGAUCUUAAUGCUCAAGAAUUCUUCUUGGACGACUUUGGAAAAUGGCAAGAAAGCGGCGGCUUUGACUUGGAAACCAUUAUGCUCCAUGCUAGGACUUGCAAGGUGUCAGAUCCACGAGACAAAGUUUACGCAUUCUUGGGCAUAACAUCGCCCAGAUACAAGCUCCUUGCAGAUUAUGGCAACGACACCACGGCGGCUGAUGCAUAUAUUGGAGCUGCAGCGGCACAUAUUUCUAGUCAUCAGAGUUUGGACAUGCUGUCGUUUGCGGAUGAAAAGCCGCCAGGUUCGACACUGCCUUGUUGGGCCCCUGAUUGGGAGUUUAAUCAGCCAACUCUCAGUCUACGAUUCCGUUUGAGCGGUGAUCCGCGAGCGCCAAAGGCUAGCAAGGAAUUUGCCUGUGAGCCCAGCUUCCUUCCAGACACAGGUGGUCGACCACAUCGAGUUUUAGAGUGUAUUGGGAUUGUUGUCGAUUCUCUUGAUACGGCUCUAGGAGAAACGGCUGACUCUUAUCCAUCAUGGGAGGAAUGUAUAUCAAACUGGGCGUCUCACGCUGGAGUGAACCUGCAGGAGAAUACUACUGCACCCAACGGACAGGAGUAUACCCAUGGUACGAUUCUUGGCGAGACUAAAAUAACAGCCUUCUGGUCAAUGCUGUGCAGGGGAAUCCACACGCCGGAGAAGAUGCAGCUUUUAGCAAUGGCAGAUUAUACAACAGAGUCCGAACCAGCUACGGCAAACGCCAACACAGAAACUGGGGAGCAAAAAGAUUCCAACAAGAAAGAGAUGCUUUCUGAAUACAGCUUAAUUCUGGGACAAAUACCUGAUCAAAACUACAUAAAAAAGGCCGGUUGGCGUUUCUUCAAGUCUUGUCAGGGAUAUUAUGGCUUAGCGAGAUCUCGGGUACAGCCAGGCGAUCAAAUUUGCAUACUGCUUGGUUCUGAUGUGCCUUUUAUUAUUCGGCCCUCGGGGGAGGAGUAUUCGUUGAUGGGGGAGGCAUAUGUCCAUGGCUUGAUGCAUGGGGAAGUAUUUGAAAAGAGUCAAGUCAUUGAAGCUCAGAAGAUUCGACUUUGCUAG